AUGAUGCACCUGAAGUUGAUCUGGAUUUUGGCAGCAGUUAACGUCCCACUGAGUCUGCAGCUCCAAUCGGUGCAGGAUUUGGCUAAUGGCAUAUCGAACAACUUUCUCGAAUGGUUGGCAUCGAUUUUUCUCCCAAUAAAUACAACUACAGCGCGGCCGGUAACAAACAAUUCGAAGCCGACAACACCUUCAACAACAACAACAAAAAGGACCACAACAGCUAUAGCCAUCAAUCUCGAUCCCACCGAACGCGAGUGCAGCGUCUGCCUCUGUGGUUUGAUCAACACCUUGCGAAUCGUUGGUGGCCAAGAGACGCGCCGCCAUCAGUAUCCGUGGGUGGCGGUGGUGCUGUUGAAUUCGCGCUUCUACUGCAGCGGUUCGUUGAUCAAUGAUCUCUAUGUGCUGACAGCGGCCCAUUGUGUGAAGGGUGUACCGGUGGAACUGAUCGAAGUCCGUUUGCUGGAGCACAGUCGCAGCCAAAAGGACGCCUUUGUGGUUAGGCGGUUCGCGAGCCACGUGAAAACACACGAGUUCUACAGUCCAGUCAGCUUUGACAAUGACAUCGCACUCAUUCGUCUGGAUCGACCCGUGCCAGUCGACGGUACUCUGCGACCGAUUUGCAUGCCUGUCCCGGGCUAUAGCUUCGAGGGAGAAUUGGGCAUUGUCACAGGUUGGGGAGUGCAAGCAGAAGGAGGACUGGCAUCAGAUACUUUAAGGGAAGUGUCUGUGGUCAUCAUAACCCAAGCCGAGUGCCGAAAUUCCAGCUACAGUGAAAGCGAAAUCACCGACAAUAUGAUCUGCGCCGGCGAUCUUGCCGAAGGAGGAAAGGAUGCCUGCACUGGCGACAGUGGGAGUCCGCUCCAUGUGCCCUUCGAGGAAGAACCUGGUCAGUACCAGCUCGCCGGCAUUGUGUCCUGGGGCGAUGGGUGUGCCCGACCCAAUACGCCAGGCGUCUAUACGCGAGUCAAUCGCUAUCUUCGUUGGAUUGGCGCAAACAUACACGGUGCCUGCCUCUGCACGCCAUAUCCCGAGGAGGACCUCUGA